CUUUAAAAACCUAAAAACUCUUAUUUCUAACCCACCCACCUGCUUCAACUCUGCUCUGUACUUCUCCUUAUCCUUUAAACCCUAAAGCUAUCAACUUCCCAAUCCACCGCUGUUUCAUUCACUAAACAUAUAAUGGCGUCAACUUUCGCUGCCAUGUCUCCAAUUGGCUCUAUGGUUGCUCCUAAUGGCCGCGUGACUGAUAAGAAACUUGCAUCUUCUUCCAAUAAGUUGUCAUCAUUCGCAUCCAUUUCUUCGAGCUCUUUCGGUAGAAGACAGAGUGUUGCUCUACGUAGGGCACACUCUCCUAAGAUUUAUGCUGCAAAGGAUUUACAUUUCAACAAGGAUGGAGUGGCCAUUAAGAAACUACAAACUGGUGUGAACAAGCUUGCAGAUCUUGUUGGGGUUACCCUUGGUCCCAAAGGCAGGAAUGUUGUUCUAGAGAGCAAGUAUGGUGCUCCAAAAAUUGUCAAUGAUGGUGUGACUGUGGCCAAAGAGGUUGAGUUGGAGGACCCUGUUGAGAACAUUGGUGCUAAGUUGGUGAGACAGGCGGCUGCCAAGACCAAUGACUUGGCUGGAGAUGGGACCACCACAUCUGUUGUUCUUGCACAAGGUCUUAUUGCUGAAGGUGUCAAGGUGGUGGCAGCUGGAGCUAACCCUGUUUUAAUCACAAGAGGCAUUGAGAAGACAACCAAGGCUUUAGUUUCGGAGCUCAAGUCAAUGUCAAAAGAGGUUGAAGACAGUGAACUUGCAGAUGUAGCAGCAGUUAGCGCUGGUAACAACUACGAAGUAGGUAAUAUGAUAGCUGAAGCCAUGAGUAAAGUGGGUCGGAAGGGUGUUGUGACUCUUGAAGAGGGUAAAAGUGCUGAGAACACCCUCUAUGUUGUUGAGGGAAUGCAAUUUGAUCGUGGUUAUAUCUCUCCUUAUUUUGUCACUGAUAGUGAGAAAAUGGCAGUUGAAUUUGAGAACUGCAAGUUGCUUCUUGUUGAUAAGAAAAUAACAAAUGCAAGGGAUCUUAUCAACAUUUUGGAAGAUGCAAUUAGGAGUGGACACCCAAUUGUGAUAAUUGCAGAAGACAUUGAGCAAGAAGCUUUAGCAACACUUGUUGUGAACAAGCUGAGAGGGGCAUUGAAGAUUGCUGCUCUCAAGGCUCCUGGAUUUGGUGAGCGCAAGAGCCAGUACCUCGAUGAUAUUGCUAUUCUGACCGGAGGAACUGUAAUCAGGGAUGAGGUCGGACUUGCCUUGGACAAAGUUGGCAAGGAAGUGCUGGGUAAUGCUUCUAAAGUGGUGCUUACAAAGGACAGUACCACCAUUGUGGGUGAUGGGAGCACCCAAGAUGCAGUAAACAAACGAGUUGCACAAAUUAAAACUCUUAUUGAGAAUGCUGAGCAAGACUAUGAAAGGGAGAAACUUAAUGAAAGAAUUGCAAAACUAUCUGGUGGUGUUGCUGUUAUUCAGGUUGGCGCACAAACUGAAACUGAGCUCAAAGAAAAGAAACUGAGAGUUGAAGAUGCACUUAAUGCAACAAAGGCAGCUGUUGAGGAAGGUAUUGUAGUUGGUGGUGGAUGCACACUUUUGAGACUAUCAUCAAAAGUAGAUGCCAUUAAGGAGAGCCUGGGUAAUGACGAAGAAAAGGUUGGGGCCGAAAUUGUGAAGAGAGCUCUGAGUUACCCUCUGAAAUUAAUUGCCAAAAAUGCCGGUGUUAAUGGGAGUGUAGUCAGUGAGAAGGUGCUCUCUAGUGACAACCACAAAUAUGGAUACAAUGCUGCAACUGGAAACUAUGAAGAUUUGAUGGCUGCAGGAAUUAUUGAUCCAACCAAGGUGGUCAGGUGUUGCCUGGAGCAUGCUUCCUCAGUUGCCAAAACUUUCUUGAUGUCCGACUGUGUGGUGGUUGAGAUCAAGGAGCCUGAAUCCGCCGUUCCUGCUGGGAACCCAAUGGACAAUUCAGGUUUGUAG